GCCUACUGACUGAGCAUGCUCAGUAGUUAAUGUCAGGGGUUAACAAACAUGGCGGUCUGCAGGAGGUCACUGCAUGCAGUUCUUCAACGGAGAGCAGGUUUGUUAACAGCCCCUGUCCGACUUCUUACUGAUGGAGAACCUACAAAGUUUAAACCGCCCCCUAAGCCUAUUAUUGUGGACAAGAUGAAGACUAAAGAAUCUCAGAGAAGGUUCUUAAGCCCAGAAUUCAUACCUCCAAGGUCCAGGAAAGACCCCUUUAAGUACUAUCUGGAGAGAAAAGACAUGAUUGAAAGGCGGAAAAUGCUGAACAUUCCAGAGUUUUAUGUAGGAAGUAUUCUUGCAGUGACCAUGGCAGAUCCAUAUGCGAGUGGAAAACUAAACAAGUUUGUAGGAAUUUGCAUUCAGCGAUCAGGGAGUGGUCUUGGGGCGACAUUUGUUCUCCGCAACAUUAUUGAAGGACAAGGUGUGGAAAUGCGUUAUGAUCUAUAUAGUCCCCGUAUCCAAGAAAUCCAAGUGUUAAAGAUGGAAAAGAGACUUGAUGAUAACUUGAUGUACUUGCGGGACGCCCUGCCUGAAUACAGCACUGUUGAUGUUAAUAUGAAGCCUGUCAUUAGUUCAUUGGAAGGAGAAGUUCCAGUAAAUCAGUUGAAAGUCAAGAUGAAACCAAAGCCAUGGUCUAAAAGAUGGGAGCGAUCUCAGUACAAUGUUCAAGGAAUCCGCUUUGAACUUUACCUGACUGAGAGCCACAUUGAAUCUGCAAAAAAGCUUGAAAGACCCUGGGAGGAGUUUGAUAUGUUGAAAGAGUACGACACCACUGAGCUUGAGAAGAAAAUAUGGGAAGAAGUAAACAAAGAACUAAAUAAACCUAAAGAAAACAAACCAACUUCAUAAAGAUGUCAAGCUCUGAGCACUGUAAUUUAUACGGAAAAAUAUAAUAAACUGAACUGUACAGGGGUUUUUUUCUUUUGAAAACUAUAGUUAUCUUUAUUCCACUCCGUAAUAAACAAACAAUGAACUGUA